AUGAAGUCAGCGAUUAGGGUCCUUAACAUGAACAGAUAUCACUUAAUGCGACAGCUGGGGGAUGGAACAUAUGGCUGUGUACUUCUGGCCACAUCAGUUGAAACCAAGGAGAAAUUUGCUAUCAAGAAAAUGAAAAAGAAGUAUUACUCAUGGGCAGAAUGCCUGAAUCUGCGUGAAGUAAAGACUUUGAAACGCCUUGAACAUCCGUGCAUAAUUAAACUGAAAGAAGUCAUUCGUGAAAAGGAUGAACUAUACUUUGUAUUUGAAUACAUGAAGGAAAAUUUGUAUGAAAUGAUGAAGCGCAGGUGUCUAUUAUUUCCAGAAGAAUCUGUCCGUAAAGUUAUUCGCCAGGUCUUGGACGGGCUUGCGUACAUGCACAAACAAGGCUUCUUUCACCGUGACCUUAAACCAGAAAAUCUGCUGUGUUCCGGCGUUGAUGUAGUUAAGUUGGCAGACUUUGGUCUAGCAAGAGAGAUCCGUUCUCAGCCACCGUACACUGAUUAUGUCUCCACCAGGUGGUAUCGAGCUCCAGAAAUCCUGUUACGUUCGCAGAGUUACAAUUCACCCAUUGACCUGUUCGCGGUAGGUUGCAUUAUGGCCGAAUUGUUUACGCUGAAACCUCUUUUUCCCGGCGAUUCUGAGAUCGACAUGAUUUACAAGAUAUGCUCUGUACUUGGCACUCCCAAUCAGCAUGACUGGCCAGAGGGCUACAAGUUGGCGAGCGCGAUGAACUUCAAUUUCCCGAAGUCCCCUCCAGUUCGACUGAGCAGCAUCGUCACCAACGCAAGCAGUGCUGCGGUGCAGCUUAUCGCCGAACUGAUCUCCUGGAACCCCAAAAGAAGGCCCACAGCUCGAGCUGUAGGUUCGGUGCUUCCGCCUUUCCCUGCGGAAACCAGAAAGCGUGCCGCCGACAGCUAG